UAAAUAUGGGUGGUUUCAGCAGUUCUGAGUGGGAAGGGGAGGUCAUCCUACCACAUUGGAGUCAGACCUGAGAAUAUUUGUGCUUGGGACCACCAAACGGGCAGAGGUGGAGGAGUGUAGCAGUCUCGUUUGGGUGAGGUGAAUGAUCAAGUCUUGUCGAUAUCUGGAAGCAGUUCCAUUGACAUAUUUGUAGGCCAUAACCAGGGUCUUAAAGUUGAUCUGGGCAGCUAUGGGAAGCCAUAUACAUAUGAUAAACUUCACAAUUAGCACAUCACAAAGUGUACUAACAUUGACGCUCCCCUAAAAAAAAUUACAUCCAUAAAAGUGGGUAUCAUUCAUGAACAACCAUCGACAAAGAAUUUAUGGAACUAUUUCAAGCACUGAUGUGGCCUUCAAGAACAUUUGUAAAACUAUUCACUCAGUAUUAUAAUACUGCAUACACAGUAUAACAAUUUAAUUUCUAUAGUGCUGUACCUUCCAUAGACACGGUACUCUGUUUGACACAGCUAUAGCCUUAGACACACAUACAUACAAUUUUAGCUUCUGCCCUCCUUUGGAGCACCUGUUUUGGCCUAUUACAUGUCUAAAAUGAUUUUUUCAGUUGGCUUUGUUUUCUGGGGUUUGAAAGUUGAAAAAGCUGUAGAAGAGCCUGCUGAUGACGUGGCACAUGGAUAUUAGUUGACUGGACACUUCCGACUGUUGCAGGCAGGAGGCAGUACUGGACUACUAAUGGACUUGGCUGCCAAUGAGAAAGCCGUCCACCCAGACUUCUUCAAUGUCCACUGCAGCAGGGCACCCAGCAACUCCGGACACCUGACUCCCAGCACCAAGGCACCUCAAUCCCUCUUCAGCGGUAAUGUCUCGGUGCCAGAUGUUCAUCAAGUCGGCAGCCCUCUUGUCACUGGUGAUGCUCUUCUUGACCCAUGCGUCCACAGUCCCCAUCAAGGUGACUGAGGAGUAUGAGUGCUGCACGGCAACCAGCAAUCGACCCAUUACAACUCCAAUCACUGGAUGCUGGUUUCAGAAAGCAGAGGGCUCCUGUGUCAAUGCUGUCAUACUGAGCAGUGAAGGACAGGAGUACUGCAUCAGUCUCACGUCCUCCUGGGUCCGAUUCAAGAUCAAGGAGCUGCGGCGGAAGAAAAUGUCUUGUCCCCUGAAGAAGCUCAACCAGCAGCGAACUGUUGUCCUCAGCACAAAACACUAGUGGACAUGUGCCAGAAGUUCCACUAUGCAUGCUGACAAUCCUGAGAUGAGUCUCUCGAGUUGCUGUGAAGGCCUCCCUCAGCUCUCUCCUCACGUGUCCUUCACAAGCACACGGUUACUGCUGGACAGUUUGUGAUGUCU